AUGCCGCUCUUAGGGUUGAUCGGAAGUGACCGGGUGGUGGCAGAGACGGCAGAUUUUAUCACUGACUGGAGCGAAAGUCGAUUCAUUGGAGAGAAUGGUCAAGAGGAUUCAGAUUCUGAUGCUGAUGCUGAAGGAAUAGAAGACGAAGAAUACAUUGCUGACAGCACAAAUGAACCAGACAUUAAGGAUUUUGAUUCCAAGUGCUCGCUGAAGGAGGAAGAAGACAAUACACCUAAGCAUGAAGAUAGACAGAUUGAGCACGAAGUUGUGGAAGAAGAUAGACACAUUCAGCGUGAGGAUAAUCCAGAAGAGGAAUCUUCCCAAGCCGGGUGUGAACAUGAUUCUGAAGCCGAGCAAAUUGAGAACCCCGAACUAUUUAAGCGUCUAAGUAAACAGAGACAGCGAGCCAUUCAAGCAGCUCGUGGUAAAAAGAAGAGUUCUACGUCAAGAACUAUUUACACAGACAAAGGCGGAAGGUCCUCCUACAAAUCAAAGAUCCAAAAGCAAAUGAGCAGCUGGUAA